UAUAAAAUGUUGCUCUGGGAUGAAAGCGAGGUAGUGUGUUGUCUUGCUGCGUCAGGGAACGUACGGACGAGUGCACUCUCUAAGUUCACGUAUAAUCGCUGUCGUGUGUCAUAGCUGCGAGUCUCUAAUACAUUACAUUUCGUGCUGAUUCUCCAUACCCUUAGAACAAGAUGGCUGUGAGUCAGUGUCGUCAGAACUACCAUGCUGAAUGCGAGGCAGGCAUCAACCGCCAGAUCAACAUGGAGCUUCACGCUAGUUACUGCUAUCAGUCCAUGGCAUUCUACUUUGAUCGAGAUGAUGUUGCUCUGCCAGGAUUUUCCAAGUUCUUCAGUGAAAACUCCAAAGAAGAGCGUGAACAUGCAGAGAAACUGAUGAAGUUUCAGAACAAGCGUGGUGGUCGUAUAGUUUUGCAGGAUAUCAAGAAGCCUGACCGUGAUGAGUGGGGUACAGGACUGGAUGCUAUGCAGGUGGCACUUUCACUGGAGAAGAGUGUCAAUCAGUCACUUCUGGAUCUGCAUGAAUUGGCUGCAAGCCACAGUGAUGGUCAGAUGACAGACUUUCUGGAAGGAGAGUUCCUUCAGGAACAGGUCAAGGCCAUAAAGGAAUUGGGAGACCACAUCACCAACCUCAAGCGUGUGGGCUCGGGCCUGGGAGAGUACAUGUAUGACAAGGAGAGCCUCAGUGACUAGGAAGCCUGUCAUGUUCUCAAAAUCGUGUGGAUGCUGGAGCCACCAUCUUUUAUUAGUUGCUUUUUGCAGCAAUAGCUCUGCAGCACAAGCAAGAUUUGAUCUCCUGAAAAGGAGAUAGAACUUAGGAAAAUUAUUUUUUUAGAUACACUUUUAAUAUGUCUCCACAUCAAACUUUAGAUUUUCGUUUUAAUUGCUUAGGGUGGACUGAAGCACACACAUUUAAGAAAAAAGGAGGAAGUCUCUAUUACUAAAUGGAAGUGUGGAAAUAAAGAACAAAAAUGUUUC